UCUUUACUUCUCUUCAAUACCACUUCAAGAAAACAUGUGAAUAAAGUUCUUAAACCCACCGAAGAGAAGAAAACGAGCGCUAAUACGUCCGCUGUGUCUCUAUUUUCAGCGGACGGCCCCACCCAUCGAAGAAGAACUCUUUAAUUUUAAUUUUUCAGAGAGAGGUUCUCCCCUAGAAAAAGAACCGCUGUGUGGUGCUCAGUAGAUUUUCUUCUCCUCACACAGUUACUUCAAGCUUUGGGCGUCCAGAGAAAUGGUUAGAACCAGAGGUGGAUCAUCUUCUCGCGGCGAUGCUUCAUUUUCUCGUGGUGAGCCUUCAUCUUCAUCUCACGAUAAAAGGAGACAACCAAAACGCGUGGAUGUUAUUCAUGAGGAGAGUAUGAGGAGCAUAACGAAAUUAUACAAUAGAGAUAUGGUGAGGACGACUAUGUUGAGAACCGUAGGAGGAUGUUCAACAACAGGAUGACUAUAGUGAGGAAGAAGAAGAAGAUGAAGAUGAUGGAUUUCUAGGAGGUCCACGUGACACCUCCUUGCUUACACAUUAUACCCAACAUGUUGCAUUUGCCAUGUGGCAAGGCCAGGUUAGUCAUCAACCUAAAUGUUAAUUGUUCAUUAAUUGUUUAUUUAUUUUUGUUAUAUAAAUUUGUGUUUUUAUGUAGGAUCGAGGGAAGAUCAAAGUGAUUUCCCAUGGUAAAAAAUUAAAACAUUUUGGAAUGUACCAUGAGGCUAUUGAGCGUUAUAUCUCCAUAUCGGGUUUGGCUUCCUUAGUCAACCUAUCGUACGAGUAUGUCGAUCAUGGAUUGAUCGUUUCCCUUGCGAAGAGGUGGCACCUAGAGACGAAUACUUUCCACCUCCGUUUAGGAGAGAUGAGUGUCACAUUAGAUGACGUUCACAAUCUGCUUCACCUACCUAUCAUGGGGCAAUUUUGUGAGGUGGAGGAGUUAGAGUAUGAUGAGGCUCGAUCUCAUCUUAUGGACUUGCUUGGUGACGAUCGCGCCAAAGUUUCAACCGAGAUGAAACAGUCACGCGGUCCAAUAGUUAGGCUAAGCUGGCUCCGCGAGGUCUACCAAGAGUGCAUUGAGUAAGAGCUUUGGGAGUGCGCUGCUCGAGCCUACUUGUUGCAUCUGCUUGGAUGCAUAAUUUUUACGAAUAAGAGUGGGACAUUGAUUCGAGUCUCGUACCUCCUUCUGUUGCGAGACUUGAAUGCUUGUGUGACAUAUGCCUGGGGAGCAUCUGCACUGGCAAAUACUUAUGAGCAGCUAGGAGAUGCUAGCUUCACUGGUGUCAAGCAGAUAGCUGAAUAUUCCACUCUUCUACAACUACAUUUUAGUUUUACAAAAUUGUUUUAAUAUAUUUUACGAAUGUAUAAAAUAAUUUAAGUAAUGUUUUUUUAGAGUUGGAUAUAUGAGCACCUUCCUGACAUGGGAAGGAGGCGAGUAUCGGAUAGGUACACAGAUCUCGAUCCAUGUGCUUCACGAUAUAUACCUCCAAGGCAAGGUUGGGGUUUGAUGGAGGGGCGGACAUAUCUGGAUUGGCUCAAUUACGAUGAUGUCAUUUGGCAUCCAUACAUUUCGCACAGACGUACUUGUCCAUUCAUGAUCAUAUGUAUGUUUUCAGGAUGGAUCCGACUAUGCGACAUGAUUCACCGACAUUUUCCUGAACGUGUGUUGCGUCAGUUCGGUUUUCAGCAGAUCAUACCACGUUCGCCUGAGAGCCUUCUGAUGCCAAACAUUCCUACGAUUGAUCUAAAUUGGCUGAGGUAUGUUGAGCAUGCCAUUACUGGUGUCGCUGAAGCUCAUGAGCCCUCUACGUGUGUUGAUGAAUACCUAAUGUGGUUUAGACGGGUAUCCCACUCGUACAUCACUCCAGCUGAUGACAAUGACCGUCCCAAUCUUGCCCUGCGCAUGAGGCGACACCUUCCAGAUGACAUCCCGAUGCCCCCAGUUCGUCGUAGACGGUCGCCUGAAUCUGGAUUGUUGGGUGGUAUGAGGCGUGUGAUCAGGAUGUUGUAGAGCAUGUUAACCUAUCGAGACGUCACAAAGGGCACUGUAGUUUAUCAGCGUACUAUUGAGGCACUUUAGGUUGCUCGUAGAUCCGUUGAGGAGUAUGAGGCUAGUACUAGUAGAGGUGCUCGUCAUGUGUGUGGACGAGCAUAUUUUCUUGAAAGGACAUUGUUAUAUAUGUUUUUUAAUGCUUAUUUAUGUAACGUUUAAUUAUACUUUGAGUAUUAAUAAUGCAUAAUUAUGUAUGAUUUUCAUAAU